UGUCAGUGAUCGUUCACCCAUCUGUGUGUGUGCAUCAAGAUUUUUCCUCUGGUGUUUCAGGAUGAAUACAACAAUAGAGACCACUGAUCAAGGUGUAUCCAACAACAAAUCUGAUCCAGCAUCUAGGCCAGUCAAAAACCACUCAAAUGGGAGAGAGUCUCGGCCUGAUUGGUUGCUCUACACAGUUCCUGCAUCAGCCUUCUUCAUUGGAGUUGUUCUGUUCGCCUUAGUCCACAAAACACAACGACGCAGGAAGUCAUGUGUGGUGCAGGGGGCACACACAAAUGGACACUUUGCGACGCACUCUGGGAAGGAUAUGCAGGGGUAUAUCCAGAGCGAUGACAUUAAUAUGAAGGAUGAGACGCAGUCUUAUGAGAAUGUGGAGGCAGCUAUCUACAACAAUCAAGAGAAAGUCACAUAUUAUUGUCCUGAAGAUCAAGAUUACCUUACACCUGAUGCAUUGGGAGAAGAGGAAGGGGUGGGGCCAAAGACACAUCAGCACACCCUACAGCUGCCUACAAAUUUGACAGAUACAGAUGGAGAGUCAUAUGAGAACAUGGAGGGAUGUUUGUACGCUCAACCACGCAAAUGCUCACGGCAAAUCAAACACACCACUGAAGUGGAAGAGUCGUAUGGAAUCACGGAUGAUUCAAACUUUCCCUGUAAAGACUUCUUAGGAGCCCAUGACACCACAGAGGAUGACUAUAUCAAUCCUGAUGAAGAUGGACAAAAAGAGCUUGCUAUGGGCCACACAGACACUGAGUCGUAUGAAAUGAUGGCUGGACCAGACUUUCCAUUUGACGGCACAGGUGCCAAUGACACCACAGAGGACGAUUCAUAUGAACAGAUGAAUGGAAUCCCAGUGCCGUACCAGAGAGAGAUGGAUGGAUGGAGAGAGGGUGAAUGACAGAUGGAGAGUGGAGAAAGAGUACAACAGCAAUACAGUAUUUUAGAUUGAGAAUAAUAUGGGAGCAUGAAACAGAGACUAAACAUGAGAGGGAGAGAGUUUUUCUGAGAUGAAAAAAUUUGAAACAGCUACAGAAUGAAUAGGAAUUUUUGUAGUAUUGCUAAAAAAACAUUGGAGUCAACAUGGGCCCUAUUUUAAUUUAGUAAGAAAUGUCUCAAUCUUAUUGUGCAUAAUUCACCAGUGCAUGUUAAUCUAAAGAAAUCAGAUGUUAUCAUUCAAUCAUUCAACAUAAUGUAAUCAUGUCACAUUGCAUAAGUUAAAAGCAUUGUGAAUACUAUUUCAUACAAACUGCCUUCAGUCAGUGCAAUCUACAUUAUAAUAGUAUAUUAUAUUCAUAAAAGUUUCUUGAUUUGUCAUUUGUAGAAGAUUUCUGAAUAUUGUGUUAUUUUUAAUCACAAUUUGCAAAUGCUUACAGGUUUAUUGUCAAUGACACACAAAACCAAACUAUGUGCAACUGGGACGUGUUGCAUGUUUAAAGGCAAAACAAAGACACAAAGCAGAGUCUAUCAGAGUAAAUCUAUUAAAUACACUUAUUACAUUAGCCACAUUUGUAUAAUCACUUUUAUAGACGGAUGACUGCAAACCAGACCGCAAAGAACCAAAUGUUUGUCUGUAGACCAACAGGAUGCCAUGAAUAACCCUUUUUAAACAGGAAGCUUUUUGCAAAUGAGCCAUUUUUCUUGUAAAUAAAGCUGUGCAUUUUUCAUGUUUUUUUUAUUUUUUAUUACUUGGGCAAGAAUUGUUCCAAACACAACAUAUUAAAUUCUGAUGUCUCAUCUGAGCGAUACUUUACUGUUCUGACCAAGAACACUGAGAAAAGCAUUUUGACCAAAAAAAAAAAAAAAUAAAA